AUGGAGCUCCGGGGUGUUCUAAUUCUGGCAGCAGCUGUUCUGCCGGCUGUCGUCAUCGCCGCCCCAUUGGAGGCAGCACAGCAUGUAAUAGAUUUGCAGACCAGCAGCUCAGUGUCUGAGCAAGAAACUGCCAGAGCAUCGCUGCCGCGAAAACUUCACGGUCGGUUCCUGCAUAUAACAGGUGCAUCACACCCAUUUCCCCAUUCUCGCAACGCAAUGGUGCAAGCCAAAGCUGGAUACGCAUGUCAUCGCGGCAAAGGCCCAGCUGGAUACUAUGGCGCAGAGACUUCCGAUUGCGACACGCCGCAUUCGCUGGUCAACGCAACUUUCAACUGGAUAGACGAGCACUUGAAGGAUAAUAUUGACUUCAUAAUAUGGACGGGAGAUUCCGCGCGCCAUGACAGCGACGACAAGUACGACCGAAGCGAAAAGGACGUCGUCAAGAGCAACCGCAUGAUUGCUGACAAAUUUGUUACCACCCUUUCGGAUUCGUCUGGUCUCACGAUACCCAUCAUACCCACCUUUGGCAACAACGACAUACUUCCGCACAAUAUCAUGGUUGGGGGUCCUAGCAAAUGGCUUAAGCGGUACACGGAUAUCUGGAAGUCUUUCAUCCCAGAGUCUCAACGUCACACAUUUGAAUUGGGCGGCUGGUUCUACACCGAGGUCAUUCCUAACAAGCUGGCAGUCUUCAGCUUAAACACCCUCUAUUUCUUCAACCGCAAUGCAGGAGUCGAUGAUUGCAUCCACCCUUCCGAACCCGGAUUCAAGCAGAUGGAAUGGCUGCGCAUCCAGCUGCAAUUUUUGCGCAAUCGGGGAAUGAAGGCCAUCUUGAUGGGCCAUGUCCCACCUGCAAGGACUGCCGGCAAGGAGAACUGGGACGAGACCUGCUGGCAGAAGUACACUCUAUGGCUUCAACAAUAUCGCGAUGUUGUUGUUGGCUCUCUGUAUGGCCAUAUGAACAUUGAUCACUUCUUCCUCCAGGAUACUCGCGAUAUAAAUCUCAAUUAUUUCAAAACCAGCAGCGCAGAAUAUGAAGCCCAUGUCGAGAAAAAACAGCAUGGAAACGAGCCUAAAGUUCAUGCAGCGGGUCACGUCAAUCAGGAAGGCUUUUAUAUUCGAUCGGGUGCUGAUUACUUGGCCGACUUGCGCAAGGAUUGGUCCAAGCUACCCAAAGCUGCCAUCCAUACCUUGAGCGCAGAGGAUUUUGAGGUCGAAGGCAAGAAGAAGAAGGACAAAAAGAAGAAGCAGAAGAAGCCGAAAAAGCAUCCUCUGGGCAGCGAAUGGGCUGAGCGCUACCAACUUUCUUUGGUCAGUCCAAGUAUUGUGCCGAAUUAUUUUCCAACUCUCCGGGUCUUCGAGUACAACAUUACCGGCAUGGAGGACUCGCCUACAUGGAGAGAUGUUAUCCGCGACAGCAAACCUGGACAUGGCGAACAAAUGGCUAUCGAAUCGGAAGAUGUGGAUUUCGAAAUUGAGAAGAAAAAGCACAAGAAGAAGAAGGGAAAGAAGGGAAAGCCUGAGAAAGACCCGUACUUGAUCGUACCUGAACCCCCAUCAGCAACGGCGCUCCCCGGACCAGCUUAUUCACCACAGCCUCUGACCUUGAUGGGCUACACGCAAUACUUUGCCAACCUGACCUACCUCAAUAAUGAUGCCCAUGACUUUCUCAAGAACGAGGCCCCGGCCGAGCUGCAUAGCCAGUCGACUGGCGAUGAGUUACAGUUGGACCAAGAUUCCGAGGAUCCUGCCUUUUCACACGAGCGCUGGAAUGAGGGUGUACAUAAAGGCAAGAAGCCUGGCCACAAGCCAAAGCCCCGACCAUUCCAAUUCGAUGUCGAGUAUAGCACGUUCGACGACGAAAUCUACAAGCUCAAGGACUUGACGGUUGGCAACAUGCUGAAGCUGGCCUAUCGCAUUGGCCAGGUUGGCAAGAAGUCCAAGAAGUCCAAGGCUUUGAUUAACGGCUUUUCUGACAACGAGUUGGAUGAAAUCGAGAAAUCUGAGCUUAUUCGAGAACCCGAAGAUGGUGAUGACGAAGAUCAGGAGCUGGACGACAGCGAGGAUGAGAAUGAUGAGGAUGCCGACAGUGACGACGAUAAUGAUGACGAGACGGAUGGCGACUCUGAUGACGAGAGUGACCUAGAGUCCGAAUCGAAGGACAAAAAGAAGAAGAAGGGCAAAGGCAAGAAGGGAAAGAAGGGCAAGAAAGGAAAGAAAAAGCCCAAGAGUAAGAACAAGGUUUGGCUGCAUUUUCUGCGUCAUGCUUUUGUGUCGACAGUAUCUGAGAAAGACCUGAAGAAGGUGUAG